UCUUAGCACUUCCACAUUGCAUAUACAUUAUACAAUGUCUUCAACAGAAAAACCAGCAGCGGUCUCUGUCCCAAAUGGGGUCCUACAAUCAUCAUUCAACAUGCCGGUGAUCGGCUUUGGAACUGGCUCCGAAGCAAACGACAACGACACCAUCAAAGCAGCGGCCAUUGAGGCCAUCAAGCUCGGUUACAGGCACUUUGACACCGCUUCCAUCUAUGAUUCCGAACAGCCUCUCGGAGAAGCCUUUGCUGAAGCCCUUCAACUUGGCCUCAUAAAUUCCAGAGAUGAACUUUUCAUCACUUCCAAGUUAUGGCUCUCCGAUAAUCAUCCUCAUCUUGUUCUCCCUGCUUUACAAAACUCACUCCAGAAUCUUGGAUUAGAAUACUUGGAUCUUUACUUGGUCCACUGUCCAAUGAGUGCAAAGCCUGAAAUAAGAAAAUUUCCUUAUAAUGAAGAUGAAUUGCUGCCAUUUGACAUGAAGGGUGUUUGGACUUCAAUGGAGAAAUGCCACAGCUUGGGUCUCACAAAAUCAAUUGGAGUUAGCAACUUCUCUACCAAGAAACUUGAACAUCUCCUCUCUUUUGCUACUAUUCCUCCUGCAGUUAAUCAAGUGGAGUUGAAUCCAUCCUGGCAGCAAAAGAAUCUAAGAGAAUAUUGCAAAACCAAGAAUAUUGUGAUAACUGCAUAUUCUCCUUUGGGAGCCAAAGGAGCCAGUUGGGGUAGUAAUGAUGUUAUGGACAGUGAAUUGCUCAAGCAAAUAGCACAUGCUCAUGGUAAAACUGUUGCUCAGGUAAGUCUUAGAUGGUUGUAUGAGCAAGGUGUGACUUUUGCAGUGAAGAGCUACAACAAAGAGAGAAUGAAACAAAAUCUAGAUAUAUUUGAUUUUUCGCUUACAAAUGAUGACUACCAAAAGAUUAAUCACAUCAAACAAGAGCGAAAACUGAAGAACGGUCCUGCUGCUUUCGAUCUUCCUGACCUAUUUGAUGGAGAAAAUUAGAUACUACACUCAUUCAUCAGGUUUUGUGUUAUGUGCAUGGCACUGGAAUAGAAGGAACAUCAGUCUUCGAAUCACGAGAAAAUUUAAGAUUGGAUAAGUAUAUUUGAUUGAUGUUUUAAAUAUUUAGCUUUAGUUUUAAAUUAUUGUCUACAUAUUUGAGUUAUUGUAGUUGAUUUGUCGUUAAUGAGUUUAUAGAUGGAAUGAAGCAUUCUAGCCAUUCUUCAAUAAGUGAUUUAAUUUAGGAUCCGCUAGGGAGACAAUGGACUAUUUGGCUAUUGAGUUAUGAAAUGAACAUCCCCUAUACUAUUUAGAAUAAUCAUCCGAGUACAAAGGAUAAUAAACAUCUUCUCGAAAAAUUAGUUUAAUUUUUGGGUUCACCAAGGAUCGAACUCUUGACCUUUCGGAUCUAGCGCUUUAAUACUAUGUCAUGAUACCACUCAUCCCAAAAGCUUCAGCUGAUGGAAAAAUGUAACACUAAUAAUUAUAUCUCUAAUACUCUAUAAACCUUCAUUGUACACAUUGUAUAAAUAUCUCAUUGGCUCCUCA